AAAAGACCAAUUCUCUGGCUCCGCCUCUAACCGAAGAACACUGAACUUGUGAUAGCAAUCAGAACAGAAGAACACACCUCUUUACUCCCUCGCUCUCCCUCCCAUCUUUCCAACUCCGUCCACCUUCUUUUCCUCACUCUCUCAGUCUCCCAAGGAUUUCUUCUUCUUCUUCUUCUUCUUCUUCUUCUGUAAAGCUUCGACGCGAAGUCCACGGAAUUAAGCUUCCAGUAUUGCCCCCCUCUUGCCUGUCCUCGCUAGGGUUUUCUCUGUGCAGGAAACCCUAAAAUAGAAAAGGCGGAAAAAAAAAACCCCCUGAAAAUUACACAACCACUCCACUCCCUCCUUGAACAGAAACUGUGGUCGAAUCCGCUCUGCGUGGCAUGGAAAAUGAGGUGCUGGAAUUCGAUAUAGGUUUAGGAAGUGUGAAUGGCAGAAGCGACGGAGACGAUGAUGAUCCCAUUGACAUCGACAAUCCUCUCGACGACGACGAUGACAUGGGCGCCGAUAGCUCCGCCGCCGCUGCGGCCUCCGGUUCCGAGAUUUAUCUUCCUGACGGGGACCUUCUCGACCUCGAGCCGUACGAGGGCAUGGAAUUCGAGUCCGAGGAAGCCUCCAAGGCCUUCUACAACUCGUACGCCAGGCGGGUCGGGUUCAGUACCCGGGUCAGCUCCUCCCGUCGUUCCAGGCGCGAUGGAGCCAUUAUACAGAGGCAGUUUGUUUGCGCCAAAGAGGGUUUCAGGAAUCACAACGAGAAGCGGACCAAAGACAGAGAAAUCAAGCGCCCCCGCAUGAUCACCAGGGUUGGCUGCAAAGCCUCACUCUCCGUCAAAAUGCAGGAUUCAGGGCAGUGGGUUGUCUCCGGUUUCGUGAGAGAGCACAACCAUGAGCUUGUCCCUCCCGAUCAGGUCCACUGCCUCCGCUCGCAUCGCCAAAUCUCUGGCUCUGCCAAGACUCUCAUUGAUACCUUGCAGGCAGCAGGAAUGGGGCCUCGCAGGAUUAUGUCUGCGUUGAUUAAAGAGUAUGGUGGGAUCAGCAAAGUUGGCUUCACUGAAGUGGAUUGCAGGAAUUAUAUGCGCAACAAUCGACAGAGGAGCAUGGAAGGUGACAUACAGCUCCUGAUAGAUUAUUUAAGGCAGAAAAAUUCCGAGAAUCCCAAUUUCUUUUACGCUGUUCAGUGCGAGGAUGAUCAGUUUACUGGAAAUGUGCUGUGGGCUGAUCCAAAAGCCAGGUCGGAUUUUGCCUACUUUGGGGACACUGUCACCUUCGACACAACUUAUAGGUCCAACAGGUAUCGCCUACCUUUUGCGCCAAUCACAGGUGUAAACCAUCACGGGCAACCCGUGUUAUUUGGCUGUGCUUUCAUAAUGAGUGAAACUGAAGCAUCGUUUGUUUGGUUGUUCAACACUUGGCUCACGGCAGUGUCUGGCCACCACCCGGUGUCCAUUACCACUGAUCAUGAUGUGGUGUUAAGGUCAGCUGUGAUGCAGGUCUUCCCAGAGACCCGGCAUAGGUUUUGCAAAUGGCAUAUUUUUAAAAAGUGUCAGGAAAAGCUCUCUCAUGUGUUCUUGAAGCAUCCGACUUUUGAGGUAGACUUCCAUAAAUGUGUUAACUUGACUGAGUCGGUUGAGGAAUUCGAAUCUUGCUGGUUUUCCCUUGUUGAUAGAUAUGAGCUCAGGGAUCAUGACUGGCUGCAAGCUAUUUACUCCGAUCGCAAGCAGUGGGUGCCCGUUUAUUUAAGGGACACAUUCUUUGCAGAGAUGUCGAUAACCCAGCGAAGCGAUAGUAUGAAUUCUUACUUUGAUGGUUAUAUUAAUGCUUCAACCAAUCUGCAGCAUUUCUUUAAGCUCUAUGAGAAAGCUCUGGAGAGUAGGAAUGAGAAAGAAGUAAGAGCUGAUUAUGAUACAAUGAACACUUCGCCAGCUUUGAAGACUCCAUCUCCUAUGGAGAAACAGGCAUCCGAGCUUUACACCAGGAAACUAUUUUCAAGAUUUCAGGAAGAGCUGUUUGAGACACUAACUUUUAUGGCAUCCAAAGUAGAUGAUGGUGACGAGGACAGAAUUACUUAUCAAGUUUCCAAGUUUGGGGAGGAUAACAAACCUUACUAUGUGAAAUUCAAUGUCUUGAAGAUGAGAGCAGCUUGUAGUUGCCAGAUGUUUGAGUUUUCUGGUCUCCUUUGCAGACAUAUCUUGGCAGUAUUUAGAGUCACCAAUGUGCUUACCCUGCCUUCUCAUUACAUUUUGCGCCGAUGGACCAGAAAUGCCAGGAGCAGUGUUGUGAUCGAAGAGUCUUCUGCAGAUGUAUACACCAACUACUUGGAGUCUCAAACGGUUCGAUAUAAUACCCUUCGCCAUGAAGCAUUCAGAUUUGUUGAUGAAGCAAUGAAGUCUUCUGCAGACUCUUAUGAUGUAGCGUUGACUGCUUUGAAAGAAGCUGCGAAAGAAGUUCUAAAUGCUGCCAAGAAUGAUGGGAGGUCAUCAGCUUUUUCAAAUGGUCGGAAUAAGGUGGCAUCUGCUGGUGACAAGGGCACAGAAAAGUUUAGCAGUGGUACCCGAGUGCGGAUCUCAGGCCAAACUUUGUCAGAGGAUGACAUGGACAAGAAGAUCCAACAACUGAGGAACGAAGUGGAGCGAGCGAGUCGAAAGUGUGAAGUAUAUAGGGCUAACUUGCUGUCGGUUUUGAAGGACAUAGAGGAUCAUAAACUUCAACUGUCAAUUAACGUACAGAACAUUAAAAUCAGUAUGAAAGACAACUUAUAAAUUGUAGCUGCUCGGCUGCAAAUUCUAUAUUGCAGAUGCUGUACAGUUCUUGCAUCUUUUUGGUAUCCUUUCCCGUGUUGAUUUUAGUUUCCGGUUUGAAUCGCUUGCCUGUGUCUGUGUGAUGUUAGUAUGAUUUCUCGUAGUUAACUGGUUGUUGUUGGUGGUCUGCAAUUAUAUGAUCUUCUACCU